AUGCCCAAUUCCAUAGGCGACUACUGCGAUGUGUACCUCACGCACGAUUCGAUGAGUGUGCGCAAGGCGCAUAACUCCGGACGAAAUCACCUGAGGAACGUGUUGGAAUACUACCAGCAAAUCGGUCAAGAAAAGGCCCAAUCCGUCAUCGACUCCAUCACCUCGUCCUACGCCGCUGAAGGUCAAGCCGUGCCGAACCCUGCCAUGGCUCCCCCGGGUGCUUUCCCUCCUCCCCCGUUCGCCUUUCCUCCCGGUGGUCCAGGUCAAUUCCCUCCUCCUCUUCCUUUCGGAAUGCCCCCUCCCGGCGCACCAGGUGGUGCCCCCGGCAUGCCUCCUCCCCCCGGCGCUCGCGGCCUCCCCUUCCCUCCUCCCUUCCCCGCUGCAUCCGGCGCUGCUCCUCCCGGCUCUCUCCCCCCGCCUCCUCUCCCCAACAUGCCCCCAGGCCAAGGCUUCCUCCCCCCUCCCGGCGGCUUCCCUCCCAGCUUCCAGACCCCUCCGCCAGGCGCCCCCGGUUUCCCGCCCAUGCCAGGAUCCGGGAUGGGUGGUCCGCCCGGCCCUGCGGAUGGAUAUGCGCCUCCUGGUGCAGGACCGGGUGGUCUUCCCGGGCCGCCUCCUGGGUUGGGAGAUUCGCGAUGA